AUGGCGGACCACCCGGACGCCAUUGAACGACCUGAUGACCCCGGCGAUGAACCCGCUCAUCGUUCGCCAAUUGAUCUGUCCGCGGCCGUUACCGGGCUGGAUCUGCUAUUCUCCAACUUAGCGGCAGUAGAUAACCAUGGAAAGGCGCCUGCAGUCGCGCCGACCGUCGAUGUUCCAUUUGAACCCAUCGACGAGCCUCUGUGUCCCUCCCCUACUGCGCCCGUGUUGGAGCAAGACAGCUCCAACCCUUCAGGUGAAGAAAUCGCGGCGGUGCCAGUGGCUAAGAAGUCCGCCAGGUACACGCAGUCAACGCUGCCGUGGCCCAAGAAGGGAGGUCCCGCUGGUGCAACACCGGCUUCGCCAGCCGACCAACUGUCGACGCCCGCGACCGCAGGCACGCAGGCGUCGCCCUCAACACCUGGGCCUUCUAAACCGGCAGGGCCAGACGCAACCUACGCGGAGGCUCUGUAUAAGUACAAAAGCGAGUGGCUCGAGCGGUUUUCUUGGCUUAUUCUGCUAAAAAAAGCUGACGGUUUCCCCGCUUUCAAGUGCAGCAUCUGUACGGAGCACGCAGGCUACGCUGGACCGUGUGGGAGAGGCGGAAAGGGCGCCACAGACGUUCAGACGCAGGCGUUCAAACGGCAUGCGGCAACUACCAAGCACAAGGAGGCGUUGAAACACCAGCAGAAGCUUCUCGACGACGUCGCUACGCAGCCACGGAUCAACGGCGACAAUCUCGCUCGCGACACGGAGAAGGAGCGGGUCGUCAAGCUCCUCGACUCCCUGCUCUUCGUGACCAAGCAAGAUGCACCCAUAGAGUUAUGGGUGAAUCUUGUGCGCUACCUCGCGCGACUCAAGGUGCCCGGGUUCCCAGCAAAAGGCUACGGAACCUAUUAUACUACGGAGGCCCUCGCAGCAAAGGACGCCGCUGAACAACUCCCCGAGUUCGGCAUGGUGGACUCCCUGCUCUGCCAAGUGGCAGAGCAUUUGGGGCGUUCUGGCCCGUGGCAUCAACGCUUCAUUGGCCUGCAGGAGGUGUUCACGAAAACAAACCUGGAGCUACAAGGGAUCCACGACGUCCGCUGGCUCUCCCGCGGUGACGCCAUUCUGCGCGCGGUAGAGGUCUUCCCCGCGCUGAUCGUGAUGCUGUAUGAGUGGGACAUCACCCUCUACGAGCUCGCCACGAGCUACAGGUUUCACUUUCUGCUAUACUUCCUUGCAGACGUCCUCGAGCAGCUCAAUGUGCUGAACAGGGCAUUCCAGCAGCGUGAGCUGGACAUUGCAAGUGUCCACGGGCAGAUCCGCCGGUCGAUUUCAUUCCUAGAGUCCCGCUACGUCGACUGUGGUGACGACUUUGGAGGCGGGGUGAGCGCGCGCCUCUCCCCGUUCAUCAAGAAGCACGGGCUGUUAAAGUACUAG